AUGCUGAAAACUCCAUCACAACUGCUCAAUGAUGAUUGGCUAUUGGACCAUCAUGAUUAUUAUACAUCUACUUAUUACACCAGUGGUGAUGGUGCAAUGCAGUGGUGGUUGGAUUUAGAUGACAGCGAUGAUACUGUAUCACAUCCAACGUUAUCAGGUGCCUCAGGACACAGAGCUGCGAAUGUGCUACUUAAUAUAGACUACUUAUAUUAUGGUCAUAUUAUGAGUUCUGCUGCCAUAGCAACUGGAGGUUUUCUGUAUGUAGGUUCACACUUUCACCAACAUUUAGCGGCAACACAAUAUGUUGCACCAUUGAUGGCAGACUUUGAUCUAAAUAUUACAACACGUUCUUCUAUCAGGUAUUGCAAUCAAGAAACCAGAUUUACCGUGGAAUGGACAAAUGUUCACUUACGAGACAAACCUUCAGAUGGUAACUUCACCUUCCAGGUAACAAUCUUCAAUGAUAGCAGAAUUGUCUUUGUUUACAAGCAGAUACCUAUAGCACUUAGUGAAAUAUCAGAAAACAUACAUCCUGUAAAAGUUGGAAUAUCAGAUGCAUAUUACUUUGAUAUCCCACUUGAGCAAAAUAAAGUAAAAAGACAAAUUUUUCAGUAUCAUGCUGUAGUACUGGACGAAACAAAAGUAGUUAGCAAUAGUGCUAUACUUUUACAACCGCUACCAACAUGCAAUAUCUACAGCACCUGUGAGUCGUGUGUUAGCAGUGAUAUAGGAUUUAAUUGUUCGUGGUGUUCUCGACUACAGAGAUGUUCAAGUGGAUUUGAUAGGCAUCGCCAAUUAUGGGUUGAAAAUGGUUGUGAUAACCAGACAAGCAAUACUAUUUGCACUUCAGCUUCUAAGAAGCCUACAUCUAAAAACAAAGUAACCGAACCUCAAAAGAAACCACCACAAGUCACAGUUGCAAUACCAACUGAGAGCUACAAAACAAGUGUGUCUCCUUCAUCCCAAGUGGUAACAGUACAUGUAUCUGGUACAUCAGUUAACACAAGGAUUGCCAUCAGUGUUGUGAUUGCGGUUUUGAUUUUCAUUCUAAUUGUUGGUCCUGUAAUGUGGGUAUGUUAUGCAUACAGAUACCCCACCACUAAGUCAGGAAUGUGCCUUCUUGAGUUGCAAAGAAACCAUCUCUCAAGAAACAAUAGCCGAGAUGUUAAAUAUAAGUAUCAGCCACAACUGGAUGUGAUGAAACCGGUCCAAUCUGGCUCUGAUCAACCUGGCACUGAUCCAACCACUCCAAUGUGGAUGUGAUGAAACAAGUCCUAUCUGGCUCUGAUCAAUGCACUGAUCCAACCACACCAAUGUGGAUGUAAUAAAACCGGUCCCAUCUGGCUCUGAUCAAUGCAUUGAAAUCUGGCUCCAAACAAGUCAGUCCAAAGUGCAUAGAAUGAAACCAUGUAGUCCAAACUGGAAAUGAUGAAACCAGUCCAAACAGGAUCUGAUCAAAGAAGUCAAAAGUGGAUGUAAUCAGACCAGUUUAAACUGGAUCCUUCAGCAUUGUUUUUGAAAAAAUAUUUCAAAUAUUUCAGGUGUUACAAUGUGAAAGCAGUUUUGCAGCUACAGGAUUGUCUUGGAAGAACGUUUUUUUUUUAUCUUACAAAAACAUUUUGGUGUGAGAAGCUUAAUUUAUGCGAGACAAUGUCACUCAUAACUGAGCUUUCAAUGUUUCUAAACUUUCAAAUAUAUUUGGUAUUUUUUUUCCCAAAAUGAAAAAGCAAGCAAGACAAAACAAUCUAUAGAAUGAGGUUGUUUUUAGUCCCCGUUCGGACGAAGUCCGAAAACGGGGACUUAUAAUUCGGUCUCCGUCUGUGCGUCCAUGCGUCCGUCCAUCCGGAGUCGUAUCUCAGAAUCCCUUGGACUGAUUCCGUUCAUUCUUUGCAUGUGCCUAGUACUUUAUGUGGGACAUAUGCACAUGCAGUGGUUUAUUAAUUUGAUUCAAAAUGGCCGACUGGCAGCCAUCUUGUUUUUUGAAAAUGUCGUAUUUUGGACAUGCUUUUGUCAGUUUUCAUUCAAAUUUAGUACAUAGAUCAUACAUGUUAGGAUACAUGUC